AUGGCGGCCACAACCUCACCCAAAGCCCUUACCUCGAAAUUCAUCACCCAAUUCACCAGCAAGUUGACCAGCAGUGGCCUGAUGACUCUGCUCGAAAGCCACGUGCAACAGAAAGAUGCCGACUUUGACAUUCUCCAAAUGGACCCGUCUAUCCUGGAGCUGCACAUCGAGCUCUUGGCCUACGAGAAUGCCAUCAAGGUGGCAUGCGACUUCCCGAGCAGACUCGCAGAGAGAUUGGGCCAGUCGCGCGGAAAGGCUGUAGAGAAGGGUGUCAAACCCGUCCCGAAAGAGGCGCCAGUUCAGAGCCCCUCUUCGACUGCGAGCCAGACGGCUGAGCCAGUCGUCAACGGCAGCGUCGCAAGGACAGAGUCCUAUCAGCUACCCCCUCCGCCGGCAAUACAGGCGGUCAAACCCGUCGGCGGCAAUGAUACCCCCGCGAAGAUAGGAGCACACUCGACGUCCUCUCCAUCGGUCGGCCAGGCGGCCAAGCAAGUGGCGAAUGACACAGCUAGGAAGACAAAGUCCCGGCAAGAAAGCAGCCGCAACUCAACCACCCCUGAACCGUCGCUGCACAACCUAUUCUCGUCCUACCGCAACGAGGCCCCGAGCCCAAAUCCAGGCACAAAGGACGGCUCUAAGUCCAGCUAUCCCAGCUACUGA